GCAAAACAAAAAAAAAUUACUUGUUCGUUGUCAAUUUUGACCUGUACAUUGCGUUUCUAAUACUCUGACAUCGCGUGCGCGGCAGCAGCCUAGCUAAACCAAAUUACCAAAUUGCCUGCAACCAAUCACAGAAUCGCUGCGGAGGAAGAGGAAGAGGAGCUCCUCAACACCUCUUCUCUUCUCUUCUUCCUUUUUUCUCAAUUCCCAACUUUAGAAAAAGUUAAAUUCCCGUAGCAAUGAAAGAAUCUCAACCCAAUCGAAAUCCCCAAAUGGAAUCCAAGAAAUCCAUCCCACCUUACAUGAAAGCCAUUUCUGGGUCCUUCGGUGGUAUCGUGGAAGCCUGUUGUUUACAACCGAUCGAUGUGAUCAAAACCAGGUUGCAAUUAGAUAGGACAGGUAACUACAAGGGAAUCAUUCACUGCGGCGCCACCGUCUCCCGUACCGAAGGGCUGCGGGCUCUUUGGAAAGGUUUGACUCCCUUUGCCACUCACCUGACGCUCAAGUACGCGCUGAGGAUGGGAUCCAAUGCGGUGUUGCAGAGCGCGUUUAAGGACUCGGCUACUGGCACGUUGAGUAACCAAGGGAGGGUUUUGGCGGGAUUCGGUGCUGGGGUUCUUGAGGCUCUUGUUAUAGUCACGCCUUUUGAGGUGGUGAAAAUUAGACUGCAGCAACAGAAAGGACUAAGUCCAGCGCUUCUUAAGUACAAAGGUCCCAUACAUUGUGCUCGUACAAUCAUGCGCGAAGAAGGCCUCUUUGGCCUCUGGGCUGGAGCUGCCCCAACCAUUAUGCGUAAUGGGACAAACCAAGCUGUAAUGUUUACAGCCAAGAAUGCUUUUGAUGUAAUAUUGUGGAAGAAACAUGAAGGUGAUGGGAAAGUCCUCCAACCAUGGCAGUCCAUGAUAUCAGGGUUCCUUGCUGGAACAGCAGGUCCAGUAUGUACUGGUCCCUUUGAUGUUGUCAAAACAAGGCUGAUGGCUCAGAGUCGAGAUGGAGGUGAGUUGAAGUAUAAGGGCAUGAUCCAUGCUAUCCGAACAAUAUAUGCUGAGGAAGGACUUCUUAUUUUGUGGAAAGGACUGCUGCCUCGUCUCAUGAGGAUACCACCUGGCCAAGCCAUAAUGUGGGCUGUUGCCGACCAAAUAACUGGUCUUUAUGAGAGAAGAUACCUCCAUAGUGCAGCUUUAUAGAUUUGUAGUUUUUUUUUUUUUUGCUUUUUUCUAGUUUUCAAUAUCAUUGCAAGCAUAAAAUCUCGGAAAAUUCCAUUUUUUUUUCGUAUUGGAUCUUAGAUAACGUCAAGUUGAUCUUGUGGUACUUUCUUAAACCAUUUUUCAGUGGCAGGAGAGAAUUGAAAAUUUUUCUCAGCUCAAAUUCAUGCCUUGUGUCAACCAAAGAGCAAAGUGAAUGUUUAGUUGAUUUCUAUUUGGGAGUGGAAAGGGAGCCACAGUUAUAAGCUUGUUCUUGCAUGUUUAUGUCCAAAUGCGUUAGGUCAAGUUCUACUUUUGCUAUCAAUUAGGAAGUGAUAGUUGGGCCCAAAAUAAUAGAAAUGAUGGUAGCUUUUGGAUUCCCUAACAUUGGCAAGAAAUAAAAUUAGUUUAUCCGAGCAAUGCUGAGAUCUGUUUUUCCACCUUCCAUAUUUUAAUAAUUGUUUGACUAUUAUUGUGUGAUUGUACAGAUUUUUUUCCCU